AUAUUUCGCGCAUUGACGUGUAAAAAGGAAGUAUUAGACGGAAAAGUAUAUACAUACAUAUAUACAUACAUACGUACAUACUAUCCAUAGACGAAGGUAGGAGGAAGAACGACAGAGGAGAAAGAAGGAAGAAGAAAGUCGCUGUGUCAGAGAGUUUGUGUCUCGUGCCAUUAGCACGAGAGAAACGAUGAAGUUUGAAUACAAGGAGGGGCAUCCUUUCGAGAAGAGAAAGGCUGAGGGUGAAAAGAUACGACGAAAGUAUCCGGACAGGGUGCCUGUGAUCGUUGAAAAGGCACCUAAAGCCAAAAUUAGUGAUUUGGAUAAACAAAAAUAUCUUGUACCAUCUGACCUGACUGUUGGACAAUUUUACUUUCUAAUCCGCAAGAGGAUUCACCUUCGCCCAGAGGAUGCUUUAUUCUUCUUUGUUAACAAUAUCAUUCCUCCUACAAGCGCAACCAUGGGAUCUCUAUAUGCGGAACAUCACGAGGAGGACUUCUUCCUAUACAUAGCUUACAGCGAUGAAAAUGUGUAUGGCCACUAAAUAAUUGAGAUGUUGGUAAAUGCCAAAAAAAAUUAAAAAG